UCCAACACUGAAUGUUUCAGAGCAGCCUCGGAGUCACGAUGCUCCGGCAGAGAUCGUUCCGGGUGAUGGGUGAUUAGUGUAAACAGGAAGAAGACAGAUCAGACUGGAGCAGAGAACAGAUAUUUACUCCACAUGUACGCCAGCUCCAGGCACACUGAGAGGAAACGCUGCUGUCAGGAAGCGAGUCAAAGCUCAAAGAAAGGUCCCCUACAUACAGAAAACUACAGGUAACUCCUGCUGGUUAUUUAAGUCAAUUUAACUCAUCGGUUUUCAGACCAGACAGGUCGGAAAGUAGUGGACUCCAUUCAGGUUUUGGAGGUUUAGGAUGACAGAGGAAGAGUCUUCCGUCAUGUCCACAGAGUUCUGGACGUCCUGCAGUGACGGCUUCUGUCUCUGAGAGGCAUCUGAUCUCUGGUGGACCUCCAGCCCUUCCCAGGAUUACAGGGAUCUGAGGGCUGACUGGAUCAGAAGUAGACCACUUGUCUCAGUCAAGUUUGUUUUCUACGUUCUGCCUUGGUUGUUCUCUGAAGGAGAAAAGUUUUGGAUCAGAACCGCAUCCCGUUCUUUCACCUGGACGGUUGGGACUGGUGGAGAGGGGAGGAUUGUUCUGGCAGUGGCAUCAUGUUCAGGCGGGGAUGACACCGGAGGCAACAGCAGACAAUGAUGAGACAGAGCUCUGUAUGAAAGGAACCAUUGAUGUUAGUGGACCGCACUGAUGCUGCAAACCCCGCCGCCCCCCACUGAGGGUGGGCGUGUCACUUCUGGGUUUCACAAACAGAAAUUUUUCCUACGCUGGAGCAGGACCUGAGCUGAGACACUUCAGGACCAGUCAGGACCAACCCAGCAAACGAAGUUCAGACUGCCCCGGUCCUGACAGCAUGGUGGGAUGAUCCGACAUGCUCCGGCACAUUCCUCCUGGUCUCUCUGGCAGCGUUUGGAUUGAUGCUGCUGGAUCCUUGAACUGAUGCAGAUGGAUGUAUUAAUACACUCCUGAUAUGCCUCUUACUGCUGUCAGAGUAAUGCACACCUACACAGUCCUGAUCUCCAUCACAACCAUGGGCAACAUGACAGUGUUGGACACAAACAACCCAUAUGAUGAAGCCACCACCCCAUCAGACGCUGUUUACCCCAUCAGCUUCCAGGUUUCUCUGACAGGAUUCUUGGUUCUGGAGAUCGUGUUGGGCCUGAGCUCCAACCUCACUGUGCUUGUCCUCUACUGUAUGAAACAGAACCUCAUCAGCUCCGUCUCCAACAUCAUCACCAUGAACCUGCACGUGGUGGAUGUGAUGGUGUGCGUUUGCUGCAUCCCGCUCACAGCUGUGGUGGUUCUGCUUCCUUUGAAGGCAGACACAGCCAUAAUCUGCUGCUUCCACGAGGCCUGCGUCUCCUUUGCAAGCGUAGCCACCGCUGCAAACGUCCUGGCCAUCACCGUGGACCGCUACGACAUUUCAGUCCGGCCUGCAAACCGGGUGCUGACAAUGGGCCGAGCUGUGGCUCUCCUGGGAUCCAUCUGGGCUUUAUCCUUCUUCAGUUUCCUGGUUCCUUUCAUGGAAGUGGGAUUCUUCAUCGGCUCUGGUUCUGAUCUGGUGAACCACACAGCCGUGGUGACUGUGGCUCAUACCAAUGAAUACUACACUGAGCUGGGUUUGUAUUAUCACCUACUGGCUCAGAUCCCCAUCUUCUUCUUCACUGCCGUGGUGAUGCUGGUGACAUACUACAAGAUCCUCCAGGCUCUGAACAUCCGGAUCGGAGCACGCUUUCAACACAACUUACCAAAAAAGAAACAGAAGAGUAAAAACACAAUAUCUCUGAGCACCGCCACACACGCGGAGUCGACGGACGCUUCCCAGAGCAGCUCAGGGGUUAAGGUGGGCAGCAACGCUCCGUUAGGGAUGCGGGCGUCGGUAUCGGUCAUUAUCGCACUGCGACGAGCCGUCAAACGCCACCGGGAGAGACGUGAGAGGCAGAAACGAGUCUUCCGGAUGUCUCUACUGAUCAUCUCCACCUUCCUCCUGUGCUGGACUCCAAUAACUGUGCUUAACACCAUCAUCCUCAGCACCGGACCCAGUGACCUGACGGUCCGUCUCCGCCUGGGCUUCCUGGUGAUGGCCUACGGGACCACCAUCUUCCACCCACUGCUCUAUGCCUUCACCAGACAGAAGUUCCAGAAGGUGCUGAAGAGCAAGAUGAAGAAAAGGGUAGUGUCCGUGGUCGAAGCAGAGCCUACACCCAACAAUGUGGUCAUUCACAACUCCUGGAUCGACCCCAGGAGAAACAAGAAGGUCACGUUCGAGGACACGGAGGCCAGACAGAAAUGUCUGCGCUCACAGGACGCAGACUGAUGGGAAAUCGGAGGAGGAGUUUGACCAAAGGAAACAAACUUGACUUACUAAAUAAAUACUAAAACACAGGUUUCAUGAGGACCUCAGCUUCUUGGAGAUGAAGAAUACAAUGAAGAGGUGUUAAAAGGAAAACUACCAGCAGCUGAAAACUGGAGCUCAAAGACUGUUUUAAAGUUGAUUUCUUAUUGAAAAAGGGAAUUUAAUGUUAUUUAAUGUGGGUGUGCCAUCCAGGACCGCUCUGUCCACAACUGUUCAUGUAAAACCGGAAGACCAGAAAACUUUGAUACCGUUUGUAAUAUUUACAAUAAACCACCAAAAACCCAGAAAGUGUGUCUGAACACAGACCAGAACUGGGUCAGAACCCUCCUCCAUCA